AUUGAAUUCCUCCAGGGCUGCGUUGAGGCCGCCGCAUCCUUUCACCAGAGCCAGCACGCGCUCACUGAUUCCCAUCCACCCAAUUUCACCUGCACAUCAGCGCCCCAUCAGCAAUCACCGCUGCUGCGCAACGCUGACCGCUGAAUCGCUCAGGCACUCGAUAGGGCUAGCUGCCGGCCACUCAUAACUGCGGGGAACACCUCGGGACCCUGGAUUUCAUUAUUCAAGAGCCUCAGCGCCGAUCUGAACGUGCCCUGACCGCACGCCGUGUGCCUGAACAGCUGACACUGGUCUCAACCACGCCCAACCCAAACUUCAUCAUGGCGACCUCGAACCCUGCCCACGAGAACGCUGACGUACCGCGAACCGGUGGUUACACACGCUUCGAGCUCGAACUCGAGUUUGUGCAGUGUCUUGCAAAUCCUGUCUAUCUUAAUUUUCUGGCAACGCAGAAAAUGUACGAGAAGCCCGAAUUCGUGGCCUACCUCGGCUACCUGCAGUACUUCAAGGAUCCCAAAUAUGCAAAGUUCUUACACCACCCUGGGCCGACGCUCCGAGCGCUAGAGCUGUUGCAACAGGAGCGCUUUCGCCGCGAGAUACUGAACCCUGGCCUCAUGCAAAAGCUUGUCGUUGAGGGCCAGAGGAAUGCGGUGCCUGGUCAGCAAGACUGACGAGGAAGCAACAAGACUGCAUUCUUCGAAAGCCAAGGUCUAGAGGCCAAGAUGUCGACGACUCUCAGGAGCCUGCAUAAGGUAUGCUUAGUCACUUGUUGCUAUGCUCACAGCCUGCACGAACGUUGUGUGCGAAUUAUAUCCGCAUGAUGAGUCUAUCGCAGGAAAGGCAGGUCUCACGAUUCGGGACAGGGCUAAAAGCACUACGGAGAAACUGCCGCUGGAGAACAUGGUGCCCAUGCAGGCAGACUGUUCAGUCACAAAGGCCAGUAGGUGGCAUUGCAGCCCAGACUUUGGUUUGCGAUGGGUGCUUCCGAGCAGCCAUUCGAAGUUGGCGAACAAACACCCAAAACAAACAGAGAGCGUGCACAUGUCGAUCAGGGUGUCACGACAGCAAAUGCGGCUCAGUAUAGCCAUUCCGUAAACAAUUCCGCCAGCAUGCAAGCCA